AUGAUGCUGGCUAUCCUGCUGGCUGUGCUCAGCUACCCUGGCUUCCACACCCUCUGGCAGGCCCAGGCUGCUCCCGUCCUGGCGCUGGGUCUGGCCCCAGAUACCUUCGAUGAUGCCUAUGUGGGCUGUGCUGAGGAGAUGGAGGAGAAGGCCGCCUGCCUGCUGAAGGAGGAGAUGGCCGGCCAUGCUCUGCUGCGGGUCUCCUGGGAGGCAGCCCGAGAGGCCUGGGAGCGCCGGCGGGGAGGCCUCACCCUGCCCCUGGGGUUCAAAGCCCAGCACGGGAUAGCUGUUAUAGUAUACACCAACUCCUCCAACACCUUGUACCAGGAGCUGAACCAUGCCGUGCGGACGGGUGGGCGCUCCCGGGAGAGCUACCUGAGGCACUUCCCCUUCAAGGCCCUGCAUUUCUACCUGACCCGGGCUCUGCAGUUGCUGCGGGGCGGUGCCGGCUGCAGCACCAGCCCUGGGCAGCUGGUGUUCCGAGGGGUGGGCAGCUGGCGCUUUGAACCCAAGAAACUGGGAGACUCUGUCCGCCUGGGGCAGUUUGCCUCCAGCUCCCUGGAUGAGGCAGUGGCCCACCGAUUUGGUAAUGCUACCCUCUUCUCCCUAAGGACAUGCUUUGGGGCCCCUAUCCAGGCCCUGUCAGUCUUCCCCGAGGAGCGUGAGGUGCUCAUUCCCCCCCAUGAAGUCUUCUUGGUCACCAAGUUUUCCCAGGAUGGAGCCUGGAGCCGAGUGAAUCUCUGGAGCUACAAUCAGACCUGCAGCCACUUUAACUGCGCCUACUUGGGUGGGGAGAAGAGGUCAGACUGCGUGUCUCUGCCAGGGCAGCCCGGACUACCCUCCAAGGGGCCCCUACCACCACUCUCCUGGGAUGCCGUGCUCUUAGACCCCGGGGGACUCCCGCUUUCAAAGGCUGGGUUCUGA